AUGAUAUUCAUUUUCACCAUAUCACUGCUGAAUGUUGAAUUGAAGAGUUAUGCAACCCUGCGAAAUUAGAAGUAAAAAAAAUCAGUCUUUUAAGUAGAUCUCAUAGCUCCAUACAAAGCGACAACAUGCAGUAUUCUGGGAGAUACAAGGGUUCUGACUCGGUUCUGGAUUACUGCUGUUCACCAUGCGAAGAGAUAGACGAGAACACACUUCACGAGGCAGAUGUUUAUUGCAAAAACUGUGUGAAAUUUUUCUGCGGGGACUGUAGUAAACCCCAUGCUCAACUUUACAAGUCACACGACACCUAUGGGCAAGAGAAUUUGAGUAACUGGCCGGUUCCAAAGGCAAAGGCAGACCUUCUACAAAAGUGCCAGGUACACAGGAACAAGAAGUUGAAGCACUUCUGCAGUGGCCACAAUGAACUGUGCUGUAGUGCAUGUGUUCUGCAAAAUCACCGGCUAUGUAUGGAUGUUGCAUUAAUCUCCACGUUAGCUAAAAAGACCAAAGAAGGAGACAUUCAACAACUCUUAUUAAACUUAACAACAACUCAAAAGCAUCUAAAUGAUCUGCAAAAUGCUGGAGAGUCCAACAUCAAAUUCGUAGACAUUCUAUACGAGAUAAGCUUGCAGGAAAUACAUGACUGUCGACAGAAAAUUGACGCAAUUUUAGAUAAGUUAGAAGAGACCGCAAAAAAGGAACUUAAAGACAUGAGGAACAAAAUAACAGCCUCUGUCACAGCCAAUGUAGAGACCUUCAUCGGGCUGCAGGAGGACUUACAAACAUUCUGUGAGGCCGUCAAGGACACUGCAAAAAAAGGCAAGGAGGAACUAAGAUUUAUAGCCGGUAAGAAGUGCCUGGAAAUGUUACAGCAGUAUGACGCACACCUGAAGAAGUAUUCUGUAACGUUUGAAAGUACAAUCACAUUUCAUCCUUUUACUGGAAUAGAACAGUGGUUGUCCAAACUGCCAGGUCUAGGUAAGAUUGAACACAGCAGCAUGGAGAAACAGACAAUUUUGAGACAGCAAGACCAGGUCAUCUCUGUGAAAGGGAAGCAUGAGUAUAAUGUGAGACUGGGAAGUGACUCCCAUGAAAGAUCCAGCAUCAUGUCUCUCUGUUGUCUGCCAGAUGGGCAUGUGCUCCUUUCUGAUCGAGACAGUCAGAGAUUGAAACUUCUGGACAAAAGCUUCAAGAUAGUGGCCCACUGUGAUGUGUCCGUCGCUCCAGGGGAUAUAUGUUUGGUCACUCCAGAGCAGGUUGUGGUAACUGUACAUGAUGGCUACACACAAAUGAUCCAGUUUAUCUCGGUGAACAAUUCGCAGCUGGUGAAGGGGACCAAGAUUCCCCUGCAACAAAGAUGCACUGGUAUGGCCCACCACCAAGGCGACAUGUACAUCACAGCUGAAACAGGGCUGUACCACUACACACUUAAUGGGAAAUUAGUGAAAAAACUCUACGAGGAUAUCUUGGUGUGGAAAUGUGCAGUGAGUCCAAAUGGAGACCGCAUUUACAUCACCAAAAAAGGCCAGGGCAAGAUCCUCACGCUGGCCAAAAACGGAACAGUCCUCUCCACUAUCAGUGGCCCUGAACUUCAAGAGCCAUGUAUCUACGUCACUAAUGCUGGACAGGUGCUGGUGUGUGAAUUCUCCACCCACAUCAUCAUGCAGUUGGACAGAGAUGGUACCAGGAAGCUUGCUACAUUGGCUACACAAACAGACGGAUUGAAGCACCCAGUCUCACUCUGCUUCAACAGGAACACUGACUCUGUAAUUGUGGGACAGUACAGAAAUACUAUCGUGGUUUUUAAAGUUAAAUGAACUGCAGCAGUCAUGGGAAUAUCAUAUUAGCCCACAAAGCACAACAUUCUUGUUCUGUUUCAUGAAAGAAAGAAAAUACGCCUUGAUCUGGAAAAAGGAGACUCAAUGUAUAUGUGUAAUGUGUCGUCCCAGAUUAGCCUGUGCCGUCUGCAUAGGCUUAUCAGGGACAACGCUUUCUUCUUUUACUGUAUUUUUCAUUUAAAGGAAGUCUCUUCUUAGCCAAAAUCCAGUUUUGGCCAAAAGUAUUGUCCCUGAUUGGCCUAUGGUAAUCUGGGAUGACACUUAUCACUCAUCAAUUUAGCCCAGUUUUAACAGACUGAGGCUCAUAUGAAUCAAAGAACAUGAGCAAAUCAGCUGUAUUUCAAACUUACUGGUGCAGGCCUUAGGGGCAUCUGCUGUAUUUCAAACUUACUGGUGCAGGACUUAGGGGCUAAUCUGCUGUAUUCAAAACUUACUGGUGCACGAUUUAGGGGCUUUUGCUGUAUUCAAAACUUACUGGUGCAGGAUCUAGGGACUUCUGCUGUAAUCAAAACUUACUGGUGCAAGAUUUAGGGGCUUCAGCUGUAUUCAGAACUUAGUGGUGCAGGACUUAGGGGCUUCUGCUGUAUUCAAAACUUACUGGUGCAGGAUUUAGGGGCUUCUGCUGUGUCAAAAGCUUACUGGUGCAGGAUUUAGGGGCUUCAGCUGUUUUUAAAACUUACUGAUGCAGGAUUUAGGGGCUUCUGCUGUAUUCAAACUUACUGGUGCAGGAUUUAGGGGCUUCAGCUGUAUUUCAACUUACUUGUGCAGGACUCAGGGGCUUCAGUUCAUUUCUAUCACUGCUGAAAGCUACUGCCUUGGACCGCACGUUUUGUUAAGAUUUGUUGCACAAAUUUCUUUUGCAAGUAUGCUUGGCUAUGUGCAAAAGUUUAAGUUAUUGUGGUCUCAAUAUUAUAUUGAUACUCAUCCACAUAUGUUUGCUAAAUCAUUGUUAUGAGCAUUCCAUGGACCAAAAGACUGAAUUGUCUAUGAUAAUUUGCAUAAAACCAGUUGAUUGCUAUUGAAAGGACCUCAAUGGGUGAUAAUUUUAGUCCUGUACUGAGAAAACUGGGCAUUAUGCAUGUGCGUCAAGUGUCAUCCCAGAUUAGCCUGUGCAGUAUGCACAGGCUAAUCAGGGACGACACUUCCCGCCCAAAUUGAAUUUUUGCUAAGAAGAGACUUCAUUUAAACAAAAAUGUCAUAAAAGGCAAAAGUGUCAUCCCUGAUAAGCCUAUGCGGACUGCACAGGCUAAACUGGGACAACACUUUAGGCACAUGCAAUAAGCCCAUUUUUCUCAUAACACGACUCAUUUAUAACAUUUGUACAUUUUGUAAAGAAUAUAUGAUCUUAUUACACAAUUAACAGUUUAUCCUUAAAAUAAAAAAUCAAUUAUUUGUGCACUUCCAUAACUGGUUAUUUCUGUUUUAUCUUAUGUUUAUUUAAACCUUUACCACAAAAUAUCAUCAAUAUACUUCAAUAAAAAUUAACACCUGGAUGAGAAAGUUAAAGAUGGUAUUUUAAGUCAAUAUUACUAUUAAAUGGUGUGCAUCAUGGGAUAGUCAGUAUCAAUAUUUGCUGUCAAACAUUAGAACAAUGGCCAAACAUUGCACAUAUACCAAUAGAAUGAUGUCAAACUAUUACUUGCAUUAGCUAUCAGCUACCAUCCCAAUCAAUAUUUAAACCUUUUCAUGUUGAUGAUAGCAAUAUACACAGAGCACAGUUAUUAUGCCUACUGAUGAACAUUAUGUGUGGAUAGCAUUUAAAGGCUUCAUUGAAAUAGUUUAAUAUCAAAGGUCGAAUAACCAUCCCAACAAAUAUUUGAAAUUAAUUGUGGAACCUUUGGUAUAUUGAUGAUAUCCGUAUUCAUAUUGGUAUAUCCGUAUUCAUAACUAUUCUGUUUGAUUUGGAAUUUUCUCCUUUUUUCUAAAAAACAUCCAUCAAAAGACACCAAAAAAUACAUAUUAACCUUUUUUUUUGCUUAAGGAAACCACAAGGUCAAAAUAUAUAAAAAUUAGCAUAUCUUGUAUAACAUGUCUGAACAUUAUUGUUGCUUCAUGGUUUCACCUUGUUUCAUGAUCAUAUACAUGUAUACUUUGUAUGUCUUAUAUUGAAUAUAAAAAAAAUA